AUGUCUCGCUACGCCUCUCUCUACACCAACCCUCAAGGCCCAGGUGACAGCCGGCCAACUGCUCUGCAGGUCGUCCAGGAUGAGCAGAUGCAGAACCAACUGGUUGGGAAGACCGCUGUCAUCACUGGCGUUUCAUCCGGUGUCGGCAUGGAAACCGCACGAGCUCUUGCUGCUACAGGAAUAAAGAUCUUCCUGACUGCACGAAACCUUGAUAAAGCCAAGGAAGCUCUGGCUGAUUUCUGGAACCCAGAUCAGAUGGAGCUUAUACAACUUGAGCUAAGCUCCAUGGACAGUGUUCGGGCUGCCGCAAAGACUAUCCUUUCUAAGACUGAUCAGUUCAGUAUCUUCAUCGCCAAUGCUGGUGUCAUGGCCAUCCCAGAGCUCACAACUACUGCCGAUGGUUUUGAGGAGCAGUUUGCUACAAACCACUUGUCUCACUUCCUCUUGUUUGAGCUCCUCAAACCGGCUCUUCUCGCAGCGUCAACCCCGAAAUUCCAGUCUCGGGUCGUUGUCGUCUCAGCUACUGCCCAUCGUAUGCAAGGCCUUCCCGCCUCGAACGACUACAGUUACGAGACCAGUUGCGCUUCAGCUUACACCCCCUGGGAAGCAUACGCACGCUCUAAAACAGCCAACGUCUACAUGGCUAACGAGAUUGAGCGUCGCUAUGGCUACAGAGGCAUCCAUGCCAAUAGUGUCGCCCCAGGAUUGGUUGCCUCCAGCAUUGGUCGCCAUAUUCCUCAGGAAGUAAUGGCAGCGGUUGUUGGUGACAAAAUGCAUGAGGUUCAGAGUCUCGAGCAAGCGGCUGCAAGUACUUUAGUCGCUGCUGUUGGUAGAGACUGGGAAGGAAGAGGAGGUGUUUACCUUACCAACUGUAGUGCUGCGGAACGGGGCGAAGAUGACGGUGUUUCAACUUCGUACACGUAUGUUUCUCACACUUACAACCCCAGAGAUGAGCAGAGACUGUGGAAUGACUCUCUGGCGAUGACGAAAAAGUGGAAUAACUAG